AUGUAUAUCAUACUAGCGGAACUCCUAGGGUUCAUGACAGUAGUUUUGGCUGCUACGUCAGUUGUGAACAUCGUCUCAGUGAUACUCCUGGUUAUAAUCUAUGAUCGAGCAGGUGUUGACGGCACAGCAGAUGUUCUAGUCCCCUAUGCCUCCGAUCUGCUCACAUUCUCAAACGCUUAUCUUCUUAUCAUUCUCAACAAAAAGAUUCGCCAACGAGUUCUACGAUACCUCAAAUGCUGUGGUAAAGUAACAAUUUAUUGGUUCAAAAAUAGCAUCCACAGUAAG